CUCCAUGCGCAAGUUACCCUCGUUUUGGCGUGGAGAGAUGUCAGCCAUUUUGUUAUUAGAAUAAAGUUGUCAUAGCUAAUAUUAAUCAUGAAAUUAGUUUGUGUUAUUUUAAUUUAAUAAUGAAAUGGAUGAAUUCGAAGAUUCACGAUGCACAGAACAUUAUAUUUCUAAACUGGUUGCUGGAUAAAAUUGCGAUCAGUGAGGACACCUGUAGGUUUCAGAAGCUUUGAGGCAAUCUUUGCCCUAGCGACCCGUUUCCGGGCUAGAUCGACAAGUGACAACAAAUCCUCCUGUCUUCCUUAAAAUUUAAGUCCCAUAACUAGUAUAAAAACAAAAAUAAAAUUUAAUUAUAUUUAAUUUAUACUGCUGCUACGCAUACAGGUAUUUGUAAUGACAUUUUAAGUUAAAUUAUACCUUGAAGGAAUCGCUGAAUUAACACUACACAAGAUGUCAGCAAGUGCCAGAGCUCCAGCUCCACUUCGAACUGUGCAUGAGUCGGUAGUGACAGAUCAUUCUGAUCGUCACGUUCCUUCGUCUAAACCAAAAGAGGGCACGGAAGAAAAUACCUCCACAUCAUCUUCUACAAGAGUAUCAUCUUCAAGGCCUAGGACAAAUGAUGAACCUCAUAUAGGAAAAUAUCGAUUGAUAAAAACUAUUGGAAAAGGAAAUUUCGCUAAAGUGAAACUUGCCAAACAUGUUCCUACAGGAAGAGAGGUGGCAAUAAAAAUUAUUGAUAAAACUCAGUUAAACCCUUCAAGUUUACAGAAGCUAUUUCGUGAAGUUCGAAUAAUGAAGCUACUUGAUCAUCCAAACAUAGUAAAACUAUUUGAAGUCAUUGAAACAGAAAAAACACUUUAUCUUGUAAUGGAAUACGCUAGUGGUGGUGAAGUUUUUGAUUAUCUAGUUGCUCAUGGAAGAAUGAAAGAAAAAGAGGCAAGAGCCAAGUUCAGACAAAUUGUUUCUUCUGUACAAUAUUGUCAUCAAAAACAUAUAGUACAUAGAGACUUAAAGGCUGAAAAUCUAUUAUUGGAUGGAGACAUGAACAUAAAAAUAGCAGAUUAUGGUUUUAGCAAUGAAUUUACCCCAGGUAACAAAUUAGAUACAUUUUGUGGAAGCCCACCUUAUGCUGCCCCAGAGCUCUUUCAAGGUAAAAAAUAUGACGGUCCUGAAGUAGAUGUGUGGAGCUUGGGUGUGAUAUUGUAUACAUUGGUUAGUGGAUCUCUACCUUUUGAUGGGCAAAAUCUUAAGGAGCUGAGAGAGAGAGUUUUAAGAGGAAAAUAUAGAAUACCAUUUUAUAUGUCAACUGAUUGUGAAAAUCUUUUGAAGAAAUUUCUUGUAUUAAAUCCAUUGAAAAGAGCUAGUUUAGAGACCAUAAUGAAGGACAAGUGGAUGAAUAUAGGGUAUGAAGAUGAAGAACUAAAACCAUAUAUAGAGCCCUUGCCAGACAUUAAUGAACCAACAAGAAUAGAGGUUAUGAUCAACAUGGGCUAUGCCCGUAAAGAUAUUGAAGAAUCUUUAAAAAUGCAAAAGUAUGACGACAUCCAUGCUACAUAUCUUUUGUUGGGGAGACGAACAACAGAUUUAGAAGGUAGUGAUAGAUCAGGUAGCAACUUGUCUCUACAACAGAUUCGAGUUCCAUCUUCACGUCCCCAUGACAACAGUAGUUCAGGUCAAUCACCUAACAAGGUACCUCGCAGCCAGUCAGCCACAAGUAGCUCAAAUAAUCAGAAGCCUCGUCGGUACAGCCAAGGGGGAGACAACAAUGGCAAUGGAUCCGGUAGUGUGAGCGCAUCUCAGACUUCAAGUACUAGAAGGCCAAAUACAGAUUCUACUGCAACUAAGCAGAGCACACUAGAAGAAAGAAUGGGAAAGUUAUCAGUUGCUGGAAGUGGCAAUAGUGGAGCACCUGUUGUAUCAUCAGAUUCGCCAAAGAUUGAAACAGGCAAGAGUACAGUCAACCAUUCUGACAGUACAGAAGGUGUUAGUUUGCUCAGCAAUAAGCCGAAGACCCCUUCUAAAAGCUCCAUAGAGUCUCCAAAGAUGCAUGCCAGAAAAGGUUCAAACCACUCCACUUCAUCUUCUAAAGAGAAUGCUGCCCCAUCCUCGCGUCCAAAGACACCAAGGGGUUCUGCAGAGGGCAUAAAGAUCACUGCACAGACUCCUAUCAGGGCAACAAUGCCAACUAGGAAGAGCAAUCAUUCUGGUUCAGCUACAUCUUCAGCACCUCCUAAAACUAUAAUGAGCCAUAGUCAUAGUACAGGCAUUCCUCGUCGGAGUACAUUCAGUCCUGGAGAUAGUAAAGCUGUUACUCCUUCUGAAAAGCCAAGACCUACUAAUGGCCAGGAUACUCGCAGCAAUUCAAGCUCUACUCCAACUGAGCCUCCAACUAGUUCAACUCCUACUCCUUCUUCUGCUAGACCGAAAGGUCAUACUAAGUCAAACAGCAUGUCUCAGUCUGCCCGUGGAAAUGAAGUGCCGGUUAAUGUACCUGAUGGAGAACAGAGACCUACGACUGCCCCUGGAAAAGCACCAGCUGUUUCUCCAGGAGUUAAACAAAAUUUGACAAGAGGGACACAGGCAAGAAAUACAUUCCAUGGUCGUGAUACACGUAAACAAGUUGUCAACCCAUACAAUGGACCUGGUGGUAUAUCUCAACAUCCAGCAGACUCUUCCAAUAUGGCAGGACAGAGGCCAUCAUUUUUCAAUAGAAUAACUUCUAAAUUUAGCAGAAGUCCUGGAAUGAGACCUGAUGGUGGAAUGCAGAGCUCCUCUCCCCAUCCGUAUGCCACCGGCGGAGCCUCCGCCAUAUUGCCCCACGUUUUUCGCAGGUCUAUGUCUGGAGAAACUCGAGACCCUGAAGGAAUUAAACCCCGUUCUUUGCGUUUUACAUGGAGCAUGAAAACCACCAGUGCAAUGGACCCUAAUGACAUGAUGAAAGAAAUUAGGAAGGUUUUGGAUGUAAACAACUGUGACUAUGAACAAAGGGAGAGGUUCCUUUUAUUAUGUGUACAUGGGGAUCCUAACACUGACAGCCUUGUUCAGUGGGAAAUGGAAGUAUGUAAACUGCCACGCUUGUCACUUAAUGGGGUUCGCUUCAAGCGCAUUUCAGGAACAUCAAUAGGUUUCAAGAACAUUGCAUCUAAAAUAGCAAAUGAGUUAAAACUUUAGCAUUUUUUAUAUUAGCUAAAAACAUCAAUUAUUUAUGUCUGUACAAGUUUUGUUCAUUAUUAUUUGUUGUUGUUGGGAUUGGUGGGGUAUUCAUUGUAUCAAUUCAUAGUGACUCUUAGAUCAACUCUACUCAGGUGUGUUCCAGGGAAAGGAUCACUUCUAGCUUGUUAUUUAGUUGUCUUUUUUCUUCUUCUUUUCUUGGCCAUUGUAAGGACUAGUUCCAUUUUAUUUUAUUUUAUUUUUGUAAAACUAUGUACAUCACCAUAGAGCAAUUAGAGGCGUUAGGCGGACUAUGUUAACCUUAAAAAGCUUACAUCAAGACUUGUGCAUUUGAAUUUUAUAUAUAAGUCUGUACAUUACAUUUUAUUUUCCUCCAGUGAAUUUUACAUUUAUUCUGUGUAAUAAUUUCUUGAUUCUAUAAGAGAAAGUAUGUAUUUGUUCCAUAGUUUCUUCUGUCUUUAAGAAAAAUAAUAUAUAUAUUUAAUUCAACACCUAAAAAAUGACCAAGUUUUGCUGUAUACAGAGUGCACAUUUUGUAGGCAACUGUCUGAAUGCAAAGCUAUUGAUGUACAUUAUAUCAAUUUCUUUGACACCUAUUGUAUGAAGUGCUACAUGGAGGAGCAUCAUGCCUAUAAUAACACCUUUUAGAAUGUGGAUUUUGUAAACAAAAUAUGUGACAUCAUGUUACAUUGAAAAGGCUGUGAAAACAAGUCAAAAGUGUUCAGUGCAAAGAACUAGAACAAAAAGUUAGGUUCUAUAUAGAAUUAAUAUUGAAUCUUAGUCAGAAUAGAACAAAAUGCAGAGAAAAAAAAAGUAAACAUUCAUUCAUAAAUUCAUUUCGUCUUAGGCUUUAAUUAAAAAUAAAUUCAAGAAAUUUAAAAUUCAGAUACAGUUUUAAGGGUAAUCAAUUUGUGGAAAAUGUUCUGAAUCUGAAUAAUAAAUUGUACCAAACUGCUGAUUACACAAACCAAUAAAUCUGAAGCCAAAAUGAUGUCAUAUUUGCAUGUAGGUUAACUUAGCUUUGAAAAAUAGAAUUUUUAAGACUACUCAAUAAAUUUGUGUGAGACGUAAUAUGAUUGUGCGCAUGCAUUAAAUAAAAUUCAUUUUUAAUUUAUCUUAAGAUGGUAGAUCUUAAUUAUAUGGUACUGUUAAAAACAACUAUCAGAUUAAUUUCAUUGCCUUUGAAAAAAUUGUCAGUUAAAUCUUAUUACCAUUUGUUUUACUUUUUUUAAAUGCCUAAAUAUAAUCUAAAAAUUGAUUGAUACAGUUAGUGUUACUCAAGAAAAAAGUCUCUUCAGCAGUUCCUUUCAUUUGGUAUGUGUGGCAUUGUGUAUUUUUGUUUUGGCUUCUGUGAUUCUUGUGUAUUUCAUGCAAUUUGGACAGCACUUGGCUAAACUUAACAUAUAUAUAUAUAUAUAUAUAUGUAUAUUGGCAUUUAAACGUUUUGAAGCAAACCCAUUAUGGCUAAAUCAAAACAGUUAGAUGCACUUUUAUUCUAAUAUACAACUUGUUCCACUGCUCUUUUUACUUGACAUUUUGUAUUUUGAUACACCAGGACUUGUGUAAAUUUUGUACAAAGAAAAAUGUUAUUAUUUCUUAAUGUGUGCAGCACUGAAAGGAAUAAAGGAUCCAUUACUUUGUACUACAACAGUGACACUAGAACACUGCUUUGCCCUAGGAAAAUAUUUGCACCUAAUUCUGCUAUGAAAUUCAUCUUGUUAGAAUUACAAUUGAUCAUUGCUUUAUUUUUUUUUUCAACUUGAAUUAUGCAACCUGUCUUUUUACCUUGGCACCUGAAGCUAGUAGAAUUGAAAGAGUGAAUCAAUUUGUCUGAUUUAACAUUAUUUAGCAGUGUUUUACAGAACAAAAUGGUAAAUGAAGAGCUUGAUUAGAUGGAUGUAUUGAAUGGAUCCAUUUUGUGUGAACUGGUGUCUCACCAGAGCAUUGAGGCACUGUUCAGCAUGGCUGUGAAAUUGUCCCUCCAUACUACAUGUUUGAAACACUCACCAAUAGGACACAAUGUUCUAAUGAAACUCUUGAUCAUUUUUUUUUUUUAAUUUGUGUAUGAAUCAUUGCCAGUUAUGUAUUUUUUUUUUAAACAAAUGUUUUCCUGUCUUGUACAGUUCAUUAACAGGAGGCCUUUUUUUUUUCUUACAAAAAAAAAAUAAACUGGGUCACGUAAUCAUUUCUUUAGUACUAGAAUUUUGUCCACAUUGUAAAUAUUCCUGCAGAGUGCUUGAUUGAUAGCAGAUUAUUGAAGCGUGAAGGAGAAACUUUUGUUCUGAUUUGAUUGAUGUAAAUGUAUCUCAAUGGGACUUGUUAGUUUUUGUUACUUUAAAAGUGUUUUGUUUUUAUGUUGUUUUGAAAACAAAAAUUUUGGUAAAUUUGUUGAACCUGUAAAUCAGUGAUGAAGUGAAUGAAUUAAUCUUGAGCCUUUUCUUGGGACAAUAGUUAUGUGGAGUUGUAUUUAUUUCUAGAGUUCAAUGUAUUUAUUUACUUUUAUACAGACACAAUGAAAUCUAUUUAGUCUUGUUACAACAUUCAGUUGAUCAGACCAAUCAGAUCAUGUUGUGUAGGUCUGAAUGAAAAUGUCUGUUGAACAAUGUGUACAUAGAACAUUGGAGCAGUUGCAGAAGGUCAUGUUAAAACUAAUAAGCUACUGGUAUCAGAGAAUUUAGAUCUCCUUCAAAUAAUAAAUAUAAAUUCUAGGUGUGUGUGUGUUUUUUGUCUAUUUUUUUUAUUUAUUUAACGUAGAUCAUUUUAUUUAACAUUUUUUGUCUGCAAUGAAUUUACUUUUAGCAUUGUACAUAGUUCUAAUUACACAGCCCUGUGAUUCUAUUUUAAGCUAGAACUAUUGUCCAAAGUUUUUGUUUUAGUGUCUGCACUGUGGAGAGUUGUCACCACUCCAGGGGAUUCAUUGCACAUUAGAUAUCAUUCAGUUUUAGUCAAAUGUAUUUGUGUGAGUGGCGCUGCUUCAUUGUGGCUUACUUAAAAGUACACAAGAACUUUUUUUUUUCUAAAGUGCUUCAAGGACAGUUUGCUUUGUGGUAUGUGAUAACAUUAAUAUCAUACUUAGGGGAAACACAAGAUUUGAUGUCUGUGAAAGUGAUUGGAGAUGAUGCAAAUGUUCAGGUACUAGUUUUUGUUCAUAAUGGCCGCCUGUAGUGUUGUUCUCACAAUUGAAACCCAGUAAAAUGUAAUGAAAAAUC